AUGAGGAUAGAAGAGGAGAUUCCAAUUGAUGAUUCAAUGCCUGAGGAGAAACUGAUGCUGAUUGGGACAACACGGCUCACAACUCGACCAACCACUCGAACAGGCACUCGGCCGAGUCUGUUCGGGUGCCCGAUCGAGCAGGACGAGAUGGAAGAGUGGAUGGCACUAGAGAGUGAGGAUCUGCCUUGGUAUGCUGAUAUUGUCAAUUACAAGGUGUGUGAGGAAAUCCCAGCAGACAUGGACCCCUAUAGGAAGAAGAAGCUCCUCAAAGACAUCAAUGGAUACUAUUGGGAUGAACCUUACUUAUACAAGAAGGGAUCAGAUGGAUUGUUUAGAAGGUGCAUAGCAGAGAAUGAAGUUGAAGGAGUGUUAGGACAUUGCCAUGGCUCUGCUUAUGGAGGACAUUUUGCAACCUUCAAGACAGCCCAGAAAGUCUUACAAGCUGGCCUAUGGUGGCCUACAUUAUUCAAGGACACUCAUAAGUUCAUCACAAAGAAUGUCUACAUCUUAAUAGCAGUGGACUAUGUCUCCAAAUGGGUGGAAGCCAUUGUUAGCCCCACUAAUGAUCACAAAGUGGUUCUUAAACUUUUCAAGACCAUAAUCUUUCCAAGGUAUGGAAUCCCAAGAGUUGUAAUAAGUGAUGGAGGGACACACUUCAUCAACAAGAUUUUUGAAGGGAUGCUAAGGAAGUAUGGAGUUAAGCACAAGGUGUGUACAGCCUAUCACCCUCAAACAAGUGGGCAAGUUGAGGUGUCAAACAAACAGAUCAAGGCCAUUCUAUCAAGAAUAGUAGGAGCAACAAGAAAGGACUGGUCUAGUAAACUUGAUGAAACACUUUGGGCUUAUAGAACAGCUUUCAAAACACCUAUAGGAAGAACCCCAUUCCAGAUUGUGUAUGGAAAGUCUUGUCACCUUCCAAUUGAAGUUGAGUACAAGGCUCUAUGGGCAAUCAAACUUCUGAACUUAGAUCUUGAAACAGCACAAGCUAAGAGAAGCCUUGAUUUGCAUGAACUUGAGGAGAUCAAAUUGGAAGCUUAUGAAAACUCCAAAAUCUACAUGGAGAGGACUAAGGCCUUCCAUGAUAAGAAGAUUCUCAUAAAGGACAUUAAGCCUAGAGACCAAGCCUUGCUUUACAAUUCAAAACUCAAGUUAUUCCCUGGGAAGUUGAAAAAUGGUAGUGAGUUUACAGUCAAUGGUCAGAGAGUUAAGAAGUAUUUGGGAGAGAAAGAGACACAUGAGAAGUGCACAAUGCUUCUCAAGGAUGCCCCUCAAGGAAGCAAGGGAGCCUGA